AUGUCUACUGAUAAUAUGAGAGAACUCUCAAAUACUCUUAUAAGUGUAGAUAAAGACCAGACUUAUGAAGAUUUCUGCAUACAACUUCAGACAUUGAAUGAUCAUCUUACCAAGCUUAAGAGUAUACAGAACAGUGACAGAAGAUGUUACACUUCAGUUACUUAUACACUCAUACUGAAGAAUGACAAUGCAGAUGUUAUGAAUUGA